UUUAUUUCUCUAUCUAAUUACCCAGAAAUACACAAAUUCACCAUUGCAUGUUCACAAUCUUUGAAUCUCUUUGCUCUGUAUUCUCCAGCUAUGGAUGCUUCCUCUGCAAGGGAAAAUCGCAGAGUAAGGUUGGCAUCAAUUCAAGCCAAGAGAAAAUGGAAUCAAAACUCAAACCCAUGUUCAAGUUCAGGAAAAAAUACUAACACUCAGACAAAUGAAUCACAGAAUUUGACGCAAGUGACUCUCUCUAUGAAAAAUCCUAUUAUGAUAGAACCUUAUGGAAAAGAUAUGGAUGCUUCCUCUGCAAGGGAAAAUCGCAGAGUAAGGUUGGCAGCAAUUCAAGCCAAGAGAAAGUGGAAUCAAAACUCAAACACAUGUUCAAGUUCAGGAAAAAAUACUAACACUCAGACAAAUGAAUCACAGAAUUUGACCCAAGUGACUCUUUCUAUGAAAAAUCCUAUUAUGAUAGAACCUUAUGGAAAAGAGAAUAUUAAACCUCUUGCAAUGAAGAGGCAAAAAGAUAAGCACACUACUUACCAGGUUGAAAGUCUCAACCAAAGUUUAGAAGAAAGGAAUCAAGGUUGCAGUAUGAGGAGAAUUGCACUGUCUCCGUUGAUCCAAGUUAACAUCCAAGACAGAUCUAUUGAUGGACAUGAGUUCACCACUCCUACAUCUCUUUUAUCUGAAAGAGCUUUUUUCAGCAGUCCAAAUUGUAUGACAGGCUUUGUUUCAGGAAUUAUGGGACAAUCAUCUAACUCAUAUGGGGAUAACCGAAAGAGAAGAAUGAAAGAUCUUAAAGGAAAGAAGUCGAUUAGUAACCAAGAUAAGGAAAAUCAAAUGAUCCCUAAUGUGAUGGGUAGUGCACAAUUAUCAUGUCAACCAGAAGUUGUUACCCAAAGCAAAUAUAAUAAUACCAUUACUGAUACUCCUUCAACAAUUUUAUCUAUACCAUUACCAGAAGCUAAACAAGCACGCAUGAGUAGACUUGAAGCUAGAAGAGAAACUCGAAGGCUCAACAGCAUAAGUUGUCAUGAUGUCAAAUCUGGCCAACAGAAAAUGAAAGGGAAGGCUAAAUUAAAAACUGCAUUUAACCCUGCACUUGAGUUGCAUCUAAGUGGCAGAAAGAUUACUCAUCAAAGUUCUAAUCAGAUUCCAUUAUAUUCCCUGAAUCCAGAGUAUAACACGCCAUCUUCAGAGGUUACUCAACUGUCUGCAACCACACAUCAUAUUGGAGCUAUUGAGCCUGGCUAUUCUAUGAUAGGUGAAUUAUCUGAUGGUACAUUUGGAAAGACAUCUACAUCAAGUGGCAAGCGGACAGUGAAUAAGUGUCGUAGAGGGAAGAAUAUAUCACAACCAUUAUCUGUGCUUGAAUCCAUAUCCAGGCAUCAACCUGAUUUUGAUAGUGAUAGAGGAGGCCAGCAUCAUACAAAUGAAGAAUCUGUGGAGUUUGAAGUUAACCAUGCAGAUGGAAGAGGCUCAUCACAUCAUCUUUCACCAUUUGUGUCACAAAUGUAUGCAUCGGCAGAAGUUGAAGAAUUGUUGGACUUUGGUGAUGCCACUUAUACAUGUGGUUACUGCAACUCUAUUAUGUGGUAUGAAGAGAGAUCAGAGAAAUCAAGACAGCCAUUGAAUCCGGAAUUUUCUAUAUGUUGCAUGAGAGGGAAGGUUGAUUUGCCAAUAUUGCUUAAGCCUCCUACAUUGCUUCUGAAUUUAAUAAGUGGUGUUGACCCACGAUCUAAGAACUUCAAAGAAAAUAUCAGGGCAUACAAUUCUUUGUUCUCUUUCACUUCACUAGGGGGCAAAAUUCAGACUGGAUUGAAUGAUGGCAAUGGUCCUCCAAAUUUCAUUCUUAAUGGGCAGAACUACCAUAGAAUGGGAAGUUUGAUUCCUCCUGAAGGAGCCCCUCCGAAGUUUGCCCAGCUUUACAUAUAUGACACUCAGAAUGAAACUGACAAUAGAAUGCGGCACUUUCGGUCUGAUGAACGCAGAAAUGUGUUGGAUCCUUCACUGGUUAAAGACUUAACAGAGAUGAUUGAUAUUCAUAAUCCGGUAGCAAAAUUGUUUAGGAGAGUUAGAGACUUUGCCAACCAUAAUGAGGGUUCAAACUUUUAUCUGAGGUUGUUUCGUAGAAGAAACAAGGAUCCAAGGGUAUAUAAUUUGCCCACGUCUGAUGAAGUGGCAGGGUUAAUUGUAGGAGACAUAGAGAAUUUGGAGGCUGGAAGGGAUAUCAUUGUGAAAAAACAAUCUGGUGAGCUGGUUAGAAUUCCUGAGUAUCAUGUAUCAUUUUUGCCCCUUCAAUACCCGAUGCUAUUUCCAUAUGGCGAGGAUGGUUUUCAAGAUGAAAUACCUGUGAGUGAGGCCUUUAGUAACGAUGCAGACAGAAAAAGGUUUAAAAUAAGCAUGCUAGAGUUCAUUUGUUUCAGAUUACAGGAACGAAUAACUGAAUAUGGAAAUAUUGUGCGUGCCGGAAGGUUGUUUCAGCAGUUUAUUGUUGACUGCUACACAAUGAUUGAGGCGCAAAGGAUGACUUAUUACAGGAGGAAUCAAGAUCGUUUUAGAUCAGACAUACUUAGUGGUCUAGAAGAUGCUAUAUAUAGAGGUGACAUUGAACCCUCUAGCGCAGGUCAAAGAAUAAUUUUACCAUCUUCUUUCACAGGUGGUACAAGGUAUAUGUUUAAUAAUUGUCAAGAUGCUAUGGCUAUUUGUAAAAGGUUUGGGUAUCCCGAUUUAUUUAUCACAAUGACUUGCAAUACUGCUUGGGAUGAGAUACGUAAUUUUUUAUCUGUUAGAGGUCAGCGACCUGAUGAAAGACCUGAUAUAUUGUCUAGAGUUUUCAAAAUGAAGCUUGAUCAGUUUUUGACUGACUUGAAGAAAAAUAAUUUAUUUGGAGAAGCUGAAGCAGGAAUGUAUACUGUUGAGUUCCAGAAACGAGGCUUGCCGCAUGCUCAUAUUUUAUUGUGGUUAAAAGGAGAAGCCAAGUUGAAGACAACCGAUGAUAUUGACAGAGUGAUAUCUGCUGAAUUACCUCAUCCUGAUCUAUAUCCGAAUUUGUAUGCUGCGGUAUCAAAUUUUAUGAUUCAUGGGCCAUGUGGUGCUGCCAACAAGUACUCCCCUUGCAUGAAAGAUGGUGUUUGUUCUAAGCGUUUUCCAAAAAAGUUUCAGAAUCGUACAGUAAUUGAUGAUGAUGGCUUUCCUAAGUAUAGAAGGAGAAAUAAUGGGAUAAGCAUUAUAAAAAAGGAUGUUGAGAUUGACAACACAUAUGUUGUGCCGUACAAUCCCACACUUCUCAUGAGGUAUAAGGCUCACAUUAAUGUUGAAUACUGCAAUAAAUCAAAUGCCAUAAAGUACCUUUUCAAGUAUGUUAACAAAGGUCCUGAUAGAGUAACCGUUGAGAUAGCUGGUACUGAUCAGAGUUCAAAGAAAGAAAAUGUUAGGGAUGAGAUUAAACACUAUUAUGAUUGCAGGUAUCUAUCUCCAUGUGAAGCAAUAUGGAAAACCUUUAAAUUUGAUAUACAUGAAAGGUGGCCUCCUGUAUACACAUGUAAUUUUCAUCUUCCUUCUGAGCAGAGUGUAACUUUCAUGGAUCAUGAACGGAUUGAUGCAGUUGUGGCACGACAUAAAGAGUUAGAAACCAUGUUCACGUCGUGGUUUAGUGCUAACAGAGAGCAUCCGGAAGGACGUCACUUAACUUAUGCUGAAUUUCCUACAAUGUUUGUGUACGACCCCAAGAAAAAGGAAUGGCGUUUAAGACAACAAGGUUUCUCUAUUGGACGUCUCAGAUAUAUUCCCCCACAAAGUGGAGAGCUUUUUUAUUUGCGUAUUCUCCUUACUGUGCAAAAGGGGUGCACCAGUUUUGAAAGCAUUAGAACAGUAGACGGUGUGUUACACAACACUUAUCAAGAUGCAUGUGAUGCUUUGGGAUUGUUGAAAGAUGACAAAGAAUAUAUAAAUGCAAUUAAGGAGACAAGUGAUUUGGGUUCUGGUCAACAGCUAAGGAAACUAUUUGCCCAUAUGUUGUUUAUGAGCACAUUGAGCAAGCCGUAUAUUGUUUGGGAAUCAACAUGGAAAUUGCUAUCUGAUGGACUUCUUUAUGAAAGGAGACGUCGUCUUGGUAUGCCAGAAUUGCGAAUUGAAGAUGAGGAGCUUGAAAACCUCACUUUAAUUGAAAUAGAGAAGUUGCUUCAAAACAAUGGAAGAUCUCUUAAAGAUUUUGAAUGCUUUCCUUGCCCAGACAUUUCUGAGAUGCUUCAAUUUGACAAUAAAUUUAUUGCUGAUGAACUUAACUACAAUAGAGCAGAGCAAGCAGAGAAGCACAUGUCAUUGUUAAAUUCUCUCAAUGAUGAUCAACGGAAUGCCUACAAUCAGAUUAUGGACGCAGUUUUUUCCGAAUCAGGUGGAUUCUUCUUCCUAUAUGGUUAUGGGGGUACUGGAAAAACAUUUGUUUGGAAUACACUGUCUGCAGCAUUGAGGAGCCAACAUCUAAUUGUUGUUAACGUUGCAUCAAGUGGUAUUGCUUCUUUAUUAUUGCCUGGAGGUAGGACAGCUCAUUCCAGAUUUUGUAUACCUAUUGGUGCUCAUGAAUAUUCAACGUGUAAUAUCAAGCAAGGAAGUCUUCGGGCAAAACUUUUACAGCAUGCAAGCUUGAUUAUUUGGGAUGAAGCUCCUAUGAUGAAUAGAUAUUGUUUUGAGGCUCUUGACCGCACUCUUAGAGAUUUGAUGUCGAUCCAGGAUAAAGGGAAUGCUGGAAAGCCGUUUGGAGGUAAGGUUGUUGUUCUAGGAGGUGAUUUCAGGCAAAUACUUCCGGUUAUUAAAAAGGGCAGCAGACAUGACAUUAUAUCUGCUACUAUCAACUCCUCAGAUAUUUGGAAGCAUUGCCAAGUUCUAAAGUUGAAUAAGAAUAUGAGGCUCUCAAGUUCAUCAAGUUCAGAUGAUUUGGCUGAGACAACAGAAUUUGCUAAAUGGAUUCUUAAUAUUGGAGAUGGGUGCAGUGAUUGUAAUGAGUAUGGAGAAUAUGAUGUGACAAUUCCAGAAGAAUUACUUAUUCUAGAGUCCGAGGACCCAUUGCGUGAAUUGAUUAAUUAUACUUAUCCUGACAUCAACAAUAAUAUGAACAACUUCAAAUAUUUUGAAGAAAGAGCAAUAUUGUGCCCCACUUUAGAUGCUGUGCAUAUGGUUAACGAGUUUGUACUCUCAACAAUUCCAGGUGAGGAAACUGAGUAUCUUAGUUCUGAUUCGUCAUGUCCUUCGGAUGCAGAUUCUGAGAUAAGAAGUGAAUGGUUUACCACUGAAUUCUUAAAUGAUAUUAAAUGUUCCGGUGUUCCUAAUCAUAGCUUGAAGUUGAAAGCUGGGGUACCUAUUAUGCUAUUGAGAAAUAUUGAUCAAUCAUCAGGAUUGUGUAAUGGUACAAGGCUAAUAGUGAAUAGAUUGGGCAAAAAUGUUAUUGCUGCCACCGUGAUAACAGGAACAAAUGUUGGUGAUAAAGUAUUUAUUCCCAGAAUGAGUUUAGUUCCUUCUGAUCCAGAAUUUCCAUUCAAGUUCGAGAGGAGACAAUUUCCAAUAUCUCUAUGUUUUGCGAUGACCAUAAAUAAAAGCCAAGGGCAAUCUUUAUCGAAUGUUGGUCUCUUUCUUCCUAAACCAGUUUUUACACAUGGCCAACUAUAUGUGGCUGUGUCUAGAGUAAAAACAAAGAAGGGUUUGAAGAUUUUAAGCUUAGAUGAAAAAGGAAAGAUGUCUAAAUCGACCAAAAAUGUUGUGUACAAUGAGGUUUUUGAUACUCUAUAAUUGAUUAAUCAGAAUAGAAUGGUCAGAGACCCGGUAUAGGAGUUCCUAUCAGAUGCAAAAAGCACCAUGGAAAAGGAAGCUAACGAAGGCCACAAUUUCCUAGCUAAUACAAAGCCUGUUACACACAAGGACCUCUCAUCAUUUUGAAGGAAUGUAAUAAGCAUUAAAUUCAUCAAGUUGGACAUGGUUGCUCACGGCUUGGAAUUGGGAUAUGUUUAUAUGCUGGCAACAUUCUUCAAAAAGAUGUGAUAUAAUUGUUGAUUUUUUUGCAAAUGUGAUUUGAAUGGUGGCUGAUGAAAGAGAUAGCUAUUUAAUUUUUGGAAUAUAAUUGACAUGAUAAAACUUAUGUUUAGAUGUUAGCACUCUUAGAUAUGAGAUGGUUGUCAUAUGCUGUAUUCAAGAUAUUUUGUUAUAACCUAAGUUCUGAUCUGAAAUAUAUUUUGUUCGCAACUGUAAUAUUUAUAUGAUGUU